GCGCAGUUCCACUUCACAGUCACCUCUGCCACCCAGGAGUCACGGCAUCUCCAGGCCCCCGAGCCCAAGGCCAAGCAUGCGGAGCCGCAGGAGGAGGACUUUGCGGAGCCGGAGCUUGUCGAAUCGACCCGAAAGUCCCGAAAGGUUCCCAAGAAGCCCAAGCCAGAGGCGGAGGAAGAAGCCACUUGGCUGCCUGAAGCACCCGCUUCAAAGGAGGCGCAACCCGAGGUCGUCGAGGAGGAGGUUCCCAAACCUGAGAUGGCAGAGGAGCUCAUACGAUCUGCAUGUCGUGCUGGUGAAGCUCUACAUGAAGCCUCAGUCGUGGUGUCGCAGGCCACCGGCGAUGCUGGUGUGGCCGCCAUGACACGCUCCUUAGAGGACAAAUUGGAUGCUCCACCCCACAGCACGGGCCACACGUCCGCAGGGACGUCCGAGAUGGAUCUGGCCACG